UUAUAAGCCGAUGAGGCGCAAGGGAGGGGCAGGCGUCCUGCUUGGCAUAACCUCCAUCUAGGGUUUUAGGGCAGCCCUCACUACCCUCUAUCCCAACGGGAACCCUAACCCUAAUCACGCCGUUAUCAUGGACCGAUACCAGAGAGUCGAGAAACCGAGACCGGAGUCUGCCAUUAACGAGAACGAGAUCCGAAUCACCACCCAGGGCCUCAUUCGCAACUACAUUAGCUACGCGAACAGUCUUCUACAGGAAAGAAGAGCGAGGGAAAUCGUGUUGAAAGCAAUGGGGCAGGCAAUUAACAAGGCUGUGGCACUUGCUGAGAUCUUAAAGAAUAGGAUUCCUGGAUUGCAUCAAGAUACUAGCAUAGGUUCAGUCAGUAUUACUGAUGUUUGGGAACCAAUUGAGGAGGGACUUGUACCGUUGGAGGUGACAAGACAAGUUUCAAUGAUUUCAAUCUCAUUGUCAAGCAGACCGCUCAACAAGAAUUCCCCUGGGUAUCAGAGUCCAUUACAUGUACCACAAUCAAAGAUACAAAAAUAUCAACAGCCACAGCAAUAUCAACAACAGGUUCCAAGACAAACUCCAGCUCAAUAUAUUGAUGAUUCAUAUGGACGAGAACAUGGUCGAGGUCGAGGAAGAGGAAGGAACCGAGGCAGAGGUGGUUAUGGUGGGUACGGAAAUUAUGGAGGACAUGGAGGAUAUGGAGGAUAUGAAGGGUAUGAAGGAUACGGAGGAUAUGGGAAUAAUCAAGAUAAUGGUGGGUGGAAUUACAACUGGAAUCAAGGUCGUGGUCGUGGUCGAGGAAAUUGGGGUUAUCGUGCUGCUGGAUAUGAAUGCUUGAUAUGA